AUGGUCAAUAACAUGGCUAGUACGGGUAAUGAUUUUGCGCAACGAACACGUCUGUUAGAAGAGCGCAUUGUUGAUCCACGCUCAUCGAUUUCGAUCGAUAGUCUACUUGAUUCAAUUGUUGCUUUAAUUUAUGAUUGUGAAGGUCUUAAAAAGACAAAAAACUUUGAUUCUUUUCAUGGAAAAUUUUAUACGUCAACGCGAGAAAUUCGUGAAAAACGAGUGAAUUUUGAUGAUUUCGAGACAAUCAAAAUUAUUGGCCGUGGUGCUUUUGGGACAGUUGAUCUCGUCCGACGGAAGGCCACAGGACAGGUUUAUGCGAUGAAGACUCUUAGUAAAUUCGAAAUGCUCAAACGAUCGGAUAGCGCGUUCUUUUGGGAAGAGAGAAAUAUCAUGGCUUUUUCAAAUAGCGAUUGGAUUGUCAAACUUCAUUAUGCAUUUCAAGACGCCAAAAAUUUGUACAUGAUUAUGGAUUAUAUGCCGGGCGGUGAUCUAAUAACUUUAUUAACGCGAUAUGAAAUAAGUGAAAAUUCUGCACGUUUCUAUUGUGCAGAAGUUGUACUCGCUCUUGACGCUAUUCAUAGCAUGGGUUACAUUCAUCGAGAUGUUAAACCUGAUAAUAUGCUACUUGAUGCUCGUGGACAUUUAAAAUUAGCAGAUUUUGGUACUUGUAUCAAAAUGGAUAAAGAUGGUCUUGUUCGAUCAGAUACAGCUGUUGGCACACCUGAUUAUAUCAGUCCCGAAAUCCUCAAAUCUCAAAGUACAACUGGCGUUUAUGGUCCCGAAGUUGAUUGGUGGUCUGUUGGUGUAUUCCUUUACGAAAUGUUACUUGGUGAAACGCCAUUUUAUGCUGAAUCUUUAGUUGGCACAUAUCAUAAAAUUAUGAAUCAUCGAGAGAAUCUUGUUUUCCCAGAAGAAAUCCCAUUAUCCUCUGAAGCUCGUGCGCUUAUUUAUGCAUUUCUCAGCGACCGAUCAACACGUUUAGGUAAAAAUGGUGUAGUCGAAAUCAAAGCUCACACUUUUUUUACCAACCAAAACGAGUGGACUUGGGAAACCAUACGAAAAGCUUCAGUACCUAUUGUUCCUCCAUUAACAAACGAUGAAGAUACGAGUAAUUUUGAUGAAAUUGAAAAAAAUGAUGGUCCAUCGGAAGAAUCGUUCUCCGUCAGCAAGACCUUCGUGGGAAACCAAUUACCCUUCGUCGGAUUCUCGUUUUCCAAUGAACAACAUUCCAAUGCUAUCGAUAAUCGAUCGAUGCUGACAGACUUCUUCCAUUAUUCAUCUGUCAAUUUGAUAAGAACAGAUAAUAGUAUCGAAAAAAAUCAAUCAUUACUGAAUUGUUUGAGAGUAUUCUAUCGAGUUUUUGAGAUGGUCGAGCCAUUUCUUGAUCGUCGUUCUACGAGCAAUUUCAAUAAUUUUAGUAACUCAGAAUUAGAACAGCGUUUACAAGAAAAUGAACGGAUUAAAAAUGAAUUAGAACUUCGAAUGAGACGUCUACACGAAGAUUUGAAUGCGAAAUGUCAAGAUGAAAAAGUGUUAAAUAGUAAACUUUACGAAUUGGAAAGGAAAAAUGUCGUUCUUGCCACUGAAAACAAAGAGGCUCAGCGAAAAUAUGAACUUGAAUUAGAGAAUCGUCGAACAUUCGAACGAAAUCUAGAAGAACUUCAACGUUUGUACGACAAUGAACGGCAAGUUAAAAAUCAAAUGGGUGUGACGAAUCGCGAAUGGACCGAGAAGAUCAGCAAUCUUGAACGUCAAUUGAACGAAGCCAAUGAAAAAGUGAAAAUCGAACUCGAUAGUAACAUUCGUUUGAAAAAGCAACAUCAAGAAAUUCAAAAGAACUGCUCGCAAAUGGAACGUUCCUACAAUGAUCUUCACGAGAAGUAUCAAGAAUUAAUCGCAGUGAAACUCAAAUUCGAAAAAGAUAUAAUAUCACAGCAAGGAAAUCUCGAUCAGGAGAAAAGUGCCAAAUACAUGGCAUUGGAUAAAAUUCAAGAACUAGAAGAAAAAUGCAAUACGAUGACAAUCGAAUUGUCGAAAUACAAAGAACGUGAUAUUUUACAAAUGAAUGAACUCACCGAAUUACGGCAAUCGAGUGUUUUAUUUGAACGUGAAAAACUCAAUCUCCAAGUCGAAAUCGAUUCCUUACGGUCGAAAUUGAUCGAAGAAGAAGUAUCCCAUCAAAAACUUCAAGAACAAUUCCUUGUCGAAAAGCUCAAACGUGCUGGAACACAAUAUGCUACCGACGAGGAAAUCAAAAAUGAUAGUCACGAAAUGAUCAAAGAUCUCGAGAAGAAACUCGAUGGCGAACGCGCGUCACUGCGACGUACGCACGAGGAGUUGAUUCAAACUCAGAAAAAAGUUCGCAUCCUGGAAAUGGAUCUCAAGCAGAUUACCACAACUUAUAAUCAACUGAUUUAUGAUCAUGAAUUGUCCAAACAAUCCAAUGAACAAAUUAUCGAACAAAUGGAAUCAGAUAAUCAACGUCGAACACAAUACGACAAAGAUUUGAAAUUGCUACAACAGCAACUGAACAAUUCGUACAACAAAGAAAAACAAAUGGAAAAUGAAUUGAAUCAACUUCGACGAGAAAACGAACGCUUGCAUGACGAGUUACGAAUGAUUCAGCAUGAAUACGAAAAUAUCAAAAACAAAGUCAUUGAUUACGAGGAACAAGUUGAAGUCGAAAGCAAAUUCUCUGUACUCUACCGAACGCAAAUGAAUGAAUUAAAAGACGAAAUCAAUGAAUUAACAGAAAAACUACGACAAGCUACAAACGAUCAAAAGAAUUUGGAAGAUGAACGAGAUAAUCUUGCUAAACAAUUGGAAAUCACCAAUGUGAAACUGAAAACCGAAAGUCUAAACUUGAAUCUCUUACAAGAACAGUGUGCAGAAUUAGAAAAAGAAAAAAAUAUCAUGCUUAUCGAAGUCGAAGCUUUACACACCGAUUUCAACGGUCGAUUAGCUCUUUUAGAUUCGGAAAUUAACACGUUUCGAGAUCGUUAUGAGAAAUGCCAAUAUGAUCUUGAACAAGCAAUUAAAGAUCGCGAAGCGAUGUCGAAUAAAUUCAAACCUGUACUUGAUCAAUUGCACGAUCUUGAACGUCAAGUGCCCGAUUUACGAAAGAAAGCCGAUGAUGAACGUGCGAAGAAAGAAGCGGCGGUGAAAAAAUUGCAAGAAAUCGUGACAAAUCCUAUUCAAAACAAUCCGUUCUUAUCCCGACCCACGGGUAGUAGUCGACGUCAUGAUCGUGAUCGAAAUGAACGCAAUGUUGCUCGCCGACUUGAACAAGCACUCGAAGUGGAACGAUUGAAAUACAAGAAAUUACAAAAUGAGAAAGAUGAGGAGUUGUCCACAUUAUCGGAAGAUAUCAACAAGCUAAAACGUGAAUUGGAUACGCGAAGAGAUGAACUUGAAAAAUACAAGCGAAUACUGGAAACGCGUGGAUCAAUUGAUAACAUUUCGCUUACAAGUGAAGAAUUAGACGACGAUCGAGAUCGCCUUGAAAGUUGGGUGCAAAUACCUACCCGAAACAUUCGACGUGGUGGUUGGAAACGACAGUUUGCUGUUAUUGCUAAGAAUAAACUAUUAUUAUAUAAUUCCGAAAAAGAUCAACUAGCUGCAGUUUCCAUCGAUGUCGAUAAAUUGUAUCAUGUUCGUGCUGUAACUCAAGGCGAUGUGCUUCGUGUUGAUCCAAACAUGAUUCCAAAAAUCUUUCAAGUUCUGUACGAUAGUGAAGGUCAAGCUGCGCUCAAUAAUUCCACGACAACUAUGUCGAACUCAAUGAUUCAUCCUCAAGAACAAGAUCGUCAUACGGGCGAAACAAUUGAGUACAAAGGUCAUAGCUUUGUUGUUGUAGCUUAUCGCAUGCCCACACAAUGUGAAACUUGUAAUCGCCCAUGUUACAAUGUUUUCUCGCCGCCUCCGUGUCUUGAAUGCACACGAUGUCAUGUUCGUUGUCAUAAACAACAUUAUGAUGACCGAGAAGAAUUCAUGCUACCUUGUCGAGUUAACGAUAAAUUAUCAGUCAAAGAAUUGUUGGUUAUGUGUGCCAGUGAAAACGAACAAAAACAAUGGAUUUCGAAAUUGAGCAAAAAGAUCCCUAAACGUGGAAUUAACUCUCAACAUGAUCAAACAUCUUCAUCAAGAACAAGUACAACAUCAUUUCGUUCACCGAAUACGAGUAUAAGUUCAUCGGCUUCGAAUCUAUUCGGCAAUAACGGUGGUCAAACACCCAAACAGAAAUCAUCAACACUUCCGGCUCGUGCUAAAUAA